AGAGAGGCGGAAAACUAGAAAGAACCAAACCCCUCUCCAGUCUCACGGAGUGACGACUCCACGGAGUCACGGUCCAUUGCAGAAACGGAGAGAUCGCCGAGAGUCUUCCGAUGACCGGCGCCGGCAGCAGCAGCCGGCGUCCGGCCGCAGCAGCCAGGAGCCGCGGGAGGCCCUCCGCCUCGGAGCCGGAGCCGGAGCCGGAUGCGCGCCGAGUCUCCGCCGCCGCGGCCGCGGCCGCGGCCGCAGCAGCGCGGCGCCGUGGCCGCGGCGACCAUGGGCCCCUGCGGCUCAUGGACGUGAGCCCCCGAACCCUCACGGUCAUAGGGAUUGCUUCCGUCGCGCUCGCCACCGUCGCCUUCGUGGCGUACACAGGCGGGUGGUGGGCGGAGGUGGAUGGGGAGGGCGCGGCGACGCUGCGCACGGUCAUGCGCUCCGUCACGCCGCUGCCGGCGCCUAGGAUGAUGGAUCUGCCACAGUUCCAAAGCAAUCAUAAGGAAAGCUUGUAUUGGGGUACUUACAGACCAAAUGUGUAUCUUGGAAUUCGUGCAAGAACUCCUCUGUCUCUAAUUGCUGGAUUGAUGUGGAUUGGCUUGAAAAAUGGACAGUAUUUUCUUCGUCAUGUUUGCCAAGAUUCUGAUGAGCUUAGCACAUAUGGGUGGACAGCUCACAAUGGUAGGGAUUAUGGACGCCAAGUGUUGGUUGAUCAUGGCUUACUCUUGACUACUAGUUUUCUGAAAGAGAAAGGAGAGGGCAGUGGUUAUGGUGGAGACUGGGCUGUUCGAUUGGAUGCUAAUAAUGAGAGGUCAAGUUUAAGUGAAGCUGAAGAAAACACCACACAUCUGUUUUUCUACAUUGCCGAUGAAACUGGAAAGUCGAUCACUAUGGGCCCACAUGAGCCUUCUUCAAGAGGCCCUGUUCUUUUGGCAUCUGGAUCGCAUGAGGAAAUUGGUGAUUGGGAAGUCUACCUGAGAUCUGAGGACAAUUUGGAAAUUCACCGAGCUGGAUUCAAAUCAAUUAGCAUGCAUAAUCUGAGUGACCUAGUACAGCAAGCCAUUGCGACUAAUGCAAUGCAAAGUGGUGGCCUUAACCUGCCAGACAUGACUGAAUAUUCUUCAAAUAUAAUGAUCUAUCAGGUUUCCAUAAUGUCUCCUGCCAAAGUAGACAUAGUAUUCUUGUCAGGGGCUGCCUCAAAAAAUCCAAUGAUAGAAGAGCGCAUUAGCAAGCUAACAGGUCCCAUGCUGAGCGCCCGUCUUGAAUCAAAAGAAAAGGAUUUUGAAGAGAGAUACGAUCAAACCUUUAAUCUAAAUAAUAAGAUUGAUUCCAGAGAGUUAUCUGUUGGUAGAGCUGCCUUGUCAAAUCUUCUUGGAGGUAUUGGCUAUUUCUAUGGACAGUCAAAAAUUGCGCUUCCAGAAGGUUUUACACAAAAAAAUGGGGAUAAAUAUAUUCCAUAUUGGCCUGCUGCGCUAUAUACAGCUGUGCCCAGCCGCUCAUUCUUUCCGAGGGGGUUUCUGUGGGAUGAGGGCUUCCAUCAAUUAGUCAUUUGCCGUUGGGAUGUGCAUAUAUCCAUGGAUAUCAUUGGCCACUGGUUAGAUCUACUUAAUUCAGAUGGAUGGAUUCCUCGGGAGCAAAUCUUAGGAGCUGAAGCUUUAAGUAAAGUUCCUGAGGAGUUCGUUCUGCAGUACCCUUCCAAUGGAAACCCUCCAACUUUAUUUCUUGCACUACGUGAUUUGGCAAGCGGGAUACAUGCAAAACAGUUUUCAGCUGAGGAAGCUGAAAAGAUCUCCACUUUCCUUGAAAGGGCUUAUAUACGGUUGAAUUCUUGGUUCCAGUGGUUCAACAGUACACAAUCAGGUAAAUACGAUGGCACCUUCUAUUGGCAUGGAAGAGACAAUAUGGCAACAAGGGAGUUGAAUCCAAAGACUUUGACAUCUGGGUUGGAUGACUAUCCUCGCGCAUCGCACCCUAAUGAUGAAGAACGCCAUGUUGACCUUCGGUGCUGGAUGCUUCUAGCUACAAACUGCAUGCGCUCAAUUGCAGAGUUUCUCAAAAUGGAUAGUGCCCUUGAGAAGGAUUACUAUAAGAUGUCAAAUCAACUUUCAGAUUUUGGGACACUUAACAAGUUGCACUUGGAUGACAAAAUCGGUGCUUAUUUCGACUAUGGUAACCAUACUGAAAAGGUUCGAUUGAGAUGGUAUGAUGUCAAAGAUAAGGAUGCUAUGAGACGAGAACUCUUGCGAGAAACAGUACAGCCCCCUCAGCUGCAAUUAGUACCUCAUGUUGGUUAUGUCAGCCUCUUCCCAUUCAUGAUGGGGGCCAUUCCACCUGAAUCGUGGGUUCUUGAGAAGCAGCUCGAUCUAAUAUCUAAUAGCUCUAUAUUGUGGACAGAUUAUGGCCUUCGGUCACUUUCUAGAACGAGUUCAAUAUAUAUGAAGCGUAAUACGGAGCAUGAUCCGCCAUAUUGGAGAGGUGCCAUUUGGAUAAACAUGAACUACAUGAUUCUUUCAGCACUACAUCACUAUGCGCAUGAGGAUGGUCCAUACAAGGACAGGUCAGGAGAACUGUAUGGCAAGCUAAGAUCAAAUCUUAUCCGGAAUAUCGUGCAGAAUUACCAUGAAACUGGGUUCUUCUGGGAAAACUAUGACCAGAAGAACAAAGGAAAGGGUAAGGGUGCACGGUCGUUUACUGGAUGGACUUCACUUAUUGUUCUGAUCAUGGGAGAGUCCUACCCAACAUUGCAUAGGUGAUAUAUAGCUCCCUAGCAGCCACAUAAAAGAUAGCAAUGCCAAUUGGAAUGGAAAGGCUGGCCAUUAUUUAGCUCGAUUUGAACCAAAAUGGUGGGAGAUCUUGAUUCGUAGCAUUGCUGCCUUAAUCAUGGAUUUUUUGACAAUAACUCCUGGUUACUCCAUUCAGCAUAUGUUUUGGCGAUAAUGAUCAUCCCGUUCUCUGUGAUACUGUUAA